GGCGAAGCUAACAUUAAAUACACGUCCAGGUUCCGAAAAGUGGCAACGAUUUUAUCGCGUGGUUUUCGUGGUGCUUUCAUUGCGACUGAUCCAGACUAAUUGCGAAUCGCGACCAACAUCCAAAUCUGUCAUGAGGGCCUAAAUGGCGUUGGUAUCAAGACUCGUCUGUCGUUUAGCUCGCUGCCAAUCGUUCGAACAGAGAAACGAAAAUUUCAAUUGCCGAAAAGAUGACUGCUGAUUUAGAGAAAGAUAACACACACUGUUUAAUAUGUAACAGUAAAGUUGGCGUAUCUACUAGAAAUAGUAUACGUAUAUUUAAUGAGAAUUCUUUUACAUCGUCAGAGAAGCCACUUAUAGAUAUCAUUUGUACUAUCUUAGAAACAGAUCUGAAUGAAGAAAAUGUACAUUCUGUUGUUGUGUGUAAAAAAUGCUAUAAAUUAUUUAAUGAGGUUGAUGAAUUAGAAAGUAGGUUGACAGAGGUGAAACUAGAACUCUUUAACAAUUAUAAAAAAACUAUAAAGAAAAUAUCUGAUAUGCAAUAUGAAGAGGAAUAUAAUGAUCAUGAUUAUGUAGAGAAUAUAGAAAGUCAAAGCACAGAUAUGGAAAUGAAGUAUGCAGAGAAAGAAGUAAGUAUCAUAUAAUUAGAUGACAAAAGCAAUGAUGACCAAGAAAUUCAAGAAGGGGAAGGAGAGGAAGAAAGAUUGGAGGAGGAAGAAGAAGAAGAAGAAGAAGAGGAACCCUCUUGUGAAUCAGAAGAGAUUAUUCUUAAAAUUGAACCAAUGCCUGAAACAAGUAAUACUGAAGAAAAAAGAAGGAUAAAACGAUCAAAAGUUCCAGCCAAAAUUGAAGUUAUACAAGAACAACUUGUAACUAGAGAUGGUUCUAUAUAUACUUGUUUAUUAUGUACAAUUGAAGAAGAUAAAGCUGUUGGGGAUGCAAAGACGAUUAUUGCACAUAUGAGGAGUGUACAUGAAACUCGUUUAUACAUCUGUGACAUAUGCGGAGACGAUUUUAGAAAGAGGAAUGAGCUGUCUCUUCAUCUCGAUGAUCACGUUGCUAAGGAAGAUGGUGAUUUUCAGUGUGAAAUAUGUAACAGAAUAUUUAGUAAUCUACGUUUGUUUAGGAUUCAUAAACGAAUACAUUAUCCGCAAGUGAAAUCUUGGCCAUGUGAUACUUGCGGUAAAAGAUAUAGCUCUAGGAACUUAUUGGAGGAACACAUCAACACACAUACAGGAGUACGUCCUUAUGUAUGUGAGAAUUGUGGCAAAGACUUUGCUUCCAAAUACACGUACAAAGCACAUAUAAAAACACAUGAAAUUCGACCUCGUCCUUAUGAAUGUUCGCAAUGUAGUAAAUCAUUUUUGAGCCAGCAAAAUCUGAAUCAGCAUGAAAGAACUCACAAUGGUGUAAAGGAAUAUAUUUGCCAUCAAUGUGGAAAAGCGUUUGGCUCACCACAUAAUUUAGAGGUUCACAAUAUAGUACACACCGGUUAUAAACCAUACAUAUGCAGAAUGUGUGGCAAAGCGUUUGCUCGUAAAGCUGAAAUAAGAGAUCAUGAAAGGACACACACUGGAGAGAAACCAUACCAAUGUGAAUUUUGUGGAGCAACAUUUAGUCAAAGGUCGAAUUUACAAUCUCAUAAACGUGCAACGCAUUACAAUGAUAAACGGUACAAAUGUGACGACUGUGGAAAAGGAUUUAAGCGACGAAGAUUGUUAGACUACCAUAUAAAAGCGGCGCACACUGGUGAAAGACCGUACAAAUGCGAAAUAUGCACAGCAACGUUCGUUUAUCCUGAACAUUUUAAAAAGCAUAUGCGCAUACAUACAGGAGAAAAACCAUACCUCUGUGAGGUUUGUGGUAAAGCAUUUAAUAGUAGAGACAAUAGGAAUGCACAUCGAUUCAUACAUAGUGACAAGAAGCCGUAUGAAUGUUUAGUGUGUGGUAUGGGUUUUAUGAGAAAACCGUUGUUGUACGCUCAUAUGCAAACUCAGGGCCACUUGAAUGAUACCAUUGUAGUUAAUCAACCACGGCUCACUACUGAAGACGACCAAGUUAUAACAAUUCCCGAGGGUAAUGUGGAACUGCUAAUGGAUGAAACUGAAAAUGAUCAGUUAGAGGAGACCGAAUUGUAUGUAACAGACUUAAAAGACCACGUUAUUAUACAGGAACAAAAUGAGGAUCAGAUUUAUAACGAAGAAGAUGUAUUAAACAUUUCUGCCGAGGAAAAUGUAGCGGACGAAGAAGUUGGUCAUCUCGUUGAUGGAGAGAUGAAUUUUGUGGAAAACGAAGGAAUCGAGUGUAAAGAGGAAGAUACAGAGCAAGUGGAGGAAGUGUAUAAUUAUAACGAAAGCGAAGACGGAGAAACAAUUGUUGUACCAGCUACCUCAGAGUACAAAGAAGUGGACGGAGAUGAGAAGAAUGCGGUUCGAUUAGUCCAGAUUCGAUUCCCAACGUCAGUCGCCGCUGAAGGUCGAAGUUGGUUAAGUUUAGUACAAAAUACGUGA